AUGAACCUUGCGAAAAACAAGUGCGCCCUUGCGAACAUGUUCCGGGGAAACGUCAAAUCCGUCGAGCUCUACCUCGACAAGCGACGGAGCUUUGGCGGCCUGAUGUACCCGAAGGACCGAACAAAGUUUCAUUCGUCUUUAGCCGCUCUCACCAAGACUCUGUCCCAGUUGCGCCAGCUGCAAAAUCUAAGCAUUCGAGACAUAGGAGUACAUUCCUACAAUUCCUAUUCGGCGUUCCUCAAUAUACGGAACCAAGAUGUCAUGUCGCGGUGGGCGACCGGGGGGUUCGUCCGGGGCAACCUGGCCCGUGUGUUUUCGGCCAGCGAUCUGACUAUCACGAACUUAUGCCUGGACGUCGUUGGGGAGUAUGCGCGGAAUGGCUGCUCAAUGCAGCCGAGCGGCCACUUCUGCCGCUCGGUCGGCAUUUUACUCGGCAGCAUUCCGACGCUGAAGAAGUUCCACUGCCGCACUGCGUUCGUCUGCAAAUGCCUUCUCGACACGCCCGAGAGAAAAUCCAACCAGCCACCCCUUGCACUCGAGGAGGUGCUGGUCAGCCUAUGCUUUGUCGGCCCGCUAGGUGCUGGCCCGAAGCUCUACCACUCGCGCGGAUGCAGGUUCUCUGGGUAUCGCUCAAACGACACCUCGACGUUGAUUCGGCACAUGGGGGAACAGGCAACCAAACUUGCUGGCAAACUCCCUAACCUAAAAACUGUCAAGGUCCUGUCUUGGAAAGACACCGGCAAUAGUGAAGUUAGCUCUGGAACUGACGUUUAUGCAUUUGACGCGGUCACUGGGCGACGAACCCUAUGGACGAAAUCAGAAUCCUACAAGAAUUGGUCCUGGGACGAUCCCAGGGGCGAGCCUGACUUCUAG